CCACGUCAAUUCCUUAGUACAAUGCGCCAGUAGGGACGAAUACCUUAAGCCGUGCAGAACUAUAUGCCGGGUAUGCACGAGCUGGCUCAUUAUGUUCUUGGGGUGUUGUUUUUGAUCAAGUGAUCCAAAUCCGCGAUGCCAAAUGUCGGGAAGCCUUCGAAAGGCUGUGCGCAUUGUAGAGCGAGAAAGGUCAAGUGCGACCUUAAACGUCCAUCGUGCUCGCAAUGUAUCAGGGCGGGAAGAGAGUGCCAUGGCUACCGGGACCCACUUUCGAUGAUGUUCAAAAACGAAAGUCAUGUCGUUAUGAAUAAGGCACAGAAAAGAUAUGACGCUCUCUCAAAAAAGAGGAAAGAGAGAGAGACAUUUUCUGGAACACUUCCGGUGCGGCACCUGGCAUCCAAGGAGACUCCAGACGGUUCAUCUUCAUCGACAUCGUCGGAGUCACAGCACACGUCUUCCACCUCAACGCGGUCGGGAAGCGUCGCGAGAUCAAUUGCUCCCCCGAUAGAAAACCAAGCCCUUUCAUUCUUUGCCGCCAACAACAUCCUGCAGCCAGCGGUUGUGGGAAGAGGCAAUUACCAAUGGCUGUUUCAGAUGCUAAGUGGGCCCGGAAUCGACGCGACCCUGCAAAGCAGUGCGCACGCUGCAUCUCUGGCAACACUUGCCACGGCAAACAAGUCGCCGUUUCUGAUGAAGAAAGCCCAGGAGCAUUAUGCCAAUGCAUUGACUCUGACUAAUAGAGCAUUAGGUGACUCAAAAAAGGUCUGCGAAGACAGCACGCUUGUGUCUGUGAUUCUGCUUGGGGUUUAUGAGACCUUCGUAUUCGAAAAGCAUUCGAUGGGGGCAUGGAUGCAGCAUCUCAAAGGCGCAGAGAUACUGUUUGCGCUCCGCGGCGAAAACCAGUUCAAAAGUGAUCUUGCCAGGCAGAUCUUUGUACAAUUCUAUAGGACAACUAUAACGAAGGGCGUCGAGCUCGGCACACCUAUACCGGAGAAGAUCGCUCGAUUGUAUAGGUUUCUGACUUCCUUGAAGGACUAUACCAUGCAUGGGGUCGAACAUCAAGUCGAAGUUCUGGAGAAGGCGAUCACGCUUAUGCAAGAUGAAGAAGGGGAUCCAGCCUCCAUCGUGUCCGACAUAAUGAAACUCGAUGGUGAGCUGAACCUCAUCAAAUUCAUGCUGCAGACCCUGUGGAGAUACGAGGUUGUGCGUCUGGAAAGACCCGCGGAACAUGUUUUUGGGAGCUUCUACCACAUCUACACGAACCCUUGGGUCAUCAACAUGUGGAACAUACUCAGAAUGUGUCGGAUACGUCUGUUCAAGUUCGUGCGCGCGCAAGUCAACAAGGGACUUCGAUGCUCGCCUCCUCGGUUUUCGGAAGAAGAGGCACAUGUUCAUCUCAAUGCUUGCAAAGAUGUGAUCAGUUCGCAAAUGCUGGACAUGUGCGCAUCUACACCUCAACUCACUGGCCAAAUCGCCUUCCCGCAUCAAGUCAAGCAGGACCUCGAUUUACUUAGCAAAGGCAUAGAGGCAGUGAACUUGCGCAACAAUAUGUUCAAACUACAUGCACAAGGAACAUUUUUGGAGCCUUUCAAGUCAACUGGACUAGACCAUUUGAUCGGGCCACUUUAUGAAAUCGGACGAAGCGAUUAUGGUCCGAGGUUGACACGGUGGGCUGCUGAUCAGCUCUAUUUCAUCGCUCGAACAAUUGGAACAAGGCAGGCGAUAAUGUUAGCAGGAGAGUUGGAGGAAAAGCUGAAGGACGAAUCCAACUUUAUGGUUUGGAACGAUCCUUGCCCAACUUCUGCACAACUUAUAGCGCUAGCGAAUACGGUACCGCGGAGAUAACAGACGUAACGUCAUCACUCCGUCCGAGAGUGUAUUGCUUCUAGCCAACCAAAGCGCUUCGCGGAGCUGGGGAAUCGGAAACAAUCCUGCGCUUCGGGUCGCCCCCUCUUCAGCUCAAAUACAUCAUAGAGCUAUAGAAAACACACCGUAUUCAUUUCUCUCCACCACGAAAACUUUGAAACUCGGGACGAGUUCUUCAUACAAAAUCUAAGUUGUCUACCAAAACGUUAGAAGAGUUAUCAUCAAAGGAAACAUGGCUGCUCAAAAGAUACCAGACAGCAUGCAAGCCGCACAAGUCGUAGAGGUACACCUUCUCCUGAGAGUCCAUCUUCAAUCAUGUGCCGAAUUACAAAACGUUUUGCAUCGCCCAAGGAUGAAAGAAUCUCCAUACUCACCCAUUGAAUUUCAUCCGAUAACAUCUUCUAACUUCCGCAGUUCGAUAAACCGUAUAAAAUC